GCCGCGUGUGCACAGCAGAGGCCGCUGCCUCUCCUCUCUGAUGCGGUGACUCUGCUGCCGCAGCUCUUCUAUAAAACCUCAGCUGAGCCGCACAGAGCGCACACAGCUACCGUGGACAGCUCCGUGGACAGCUCCCGUGGACAGCUCCGUGGACAGCUCCCGUGGUGCUGAGACCUGGGACAAACUCUACAACUACACGCCGCACACUCACGGUCGUCCUCAUUUACACACACACUUUUCUUUCCUCAGACCGAAGUCGAGUGGAACCAUGGAGCGGACAUCUUGGAAACUUUUUCUUCUCUUAUGCUCGGUGGCUUUGGAAGGCUGCGCGCAAGACUUCGGACAGACGCAGUUUAUUUGCACGUCGGUGCCCAAGGAUAUGGACCUGUGCACGAUGCAGAACAGCGGGCCGGCGGAGGACUUGAAGACCACGGUCAUGCAGCUGCGGGAGACCGUGCUGCAGCAGAAGGAGACCAUCAUGAACCAGAAGGAGACAAUCAGGGAGCUUACGUCCAAGUUGAGCCGCUGCGAGAGUCAGAGUUUCCCCUCUGUUUCCGCAGCUGCCGGGGGACCCGGAGGGAAGAAGCCCGGGUCGAAGAACACCAUGGGGGAUGUAUCCCGGGGAACCAUGGACACCCUGGCACAGCUGGGACAGACUUUACAGACGCUCAAGCAGAGACUGGAGAACUUGGAGCAGUACAGCCGUGGCAACAGCACGGUCCAAGCCAACAGCCUGAAGGAUUUGCUGCAGAACAAGAUCGACGACAUGGAGAGACAGGUUCUGUCCCGGGUCAACACGCUGGAGGAGACCAAAGUCGGCGCCAGGAACGACAGCGACCAGCGGAACAGAGUGGAGUCCACACUCACCUCCCUGCACCACCGGAUCACUGACCUGGAGAAAGGUGCGUGUGGAUGGAUGGAUGGAUGGAUGAGUAAAUGCAUGACAGGAUGGAUGGAUGGAUGGGCGAGGGAGCGGCGCGAUGCGCCUGGCACAGAAGUGCAAAAUAGAAAGAAAAAAAAAAGGCAUUACAAUACAUUUUUAACAUCCAGGUUGUUCAUUUAUUGUCGAGGUCACUUCAUGGUUUGGAAAAAGAAAAAAAAAAAAAAAAUAUUUGGACUGAGGGAGGAAGAGGAGAGGAAAGAGAGCGCUUUCUCCAUGAACAAGACACCACACAUGCACCGGGUUCAGGUGAUUGGACUUCCUGCUGUGUGGAUCAACCAGAGGUCAGAGUUCAAGUGGGAAGACAUCUCUGUGAUAAUCAGGAAGUGCUAUGUCAGCAAUGAAGACCUUGAGGACACCAAGGGUCUCUUCAUGGAUCAGGCCGGAGAUACGUUUCACUCCACCAACGCCGUGUUUUGUGAUUCCCCGGAUGUUAUCACGCAAGACUUUGCCCGAGUCCCUUUCCACGACCGCUCAUUUUCAAUCAAGCUUUCCUUCCCCCAGGACUCACUGGGCGGAAGCUUCGACGCCACACAAGCCUUCGUGGGAGACCUGGCGAACCUGAACAUCUGGAACAGGAAACUUUCCGCCUCCGAGAUCUCAAACUUGGCCACCUGCAACAGCAGAGCACCGGGCGGGAACGUGUUCUCCUGGACGGAGAGCAGCAUCGAAAUAUUUGGCGGAGCCACCAAAUGGACCUUCGAGCCAUGUCGCUCGCUCAACUGAGAGAACUGCCGUUCCGGUGUUUGUUUGUUUGUUU